CUGGGCAAUGUCAAAUGCAAUAUACAUGAGCCUUGAAAUAUACACAAGCAGGGAUUCUUCCCCUCCCAGGUAGCCCAGGACCUCUAGUUCUGCUGGAAGAGUUUUACUCAUUUCAUUUUUAGAGAGAUUUCUAGGGUCUCCAGCACUCAGACUUAGGUCCUUACCCCUGAGAUAGUCACUCCUGCCACCUGGGAAAGGUUCCAAAGGCCAAACAGCUCCAUGGGGUGCCAAGGAUCAGAGCAGAAACUUGAGAGGCUGGAGAUGAAGGAGUUUGGGCAAGGUUCCAAAAGCAUCUCAGUGGCUGAGCUUCUGUGAGAAGGCACAUCCCCAGUGUAUGUGUGUGGUGGUGGUGGGAGGGGGCUGUUCCUAGAGGAGUCAGCUAGGGUGAGGGCCUGAAACUAGAAAUGAGGAAUGGGGUGGGGCCUCAGAGCAAGCACAGGAACUUAGACCUUGAGGUUUCUGGGAGAGCUAGAGCCACAAGGGCCAUGAGAUACAACGACUGUAGCAGCAGAACCCAGAUGCCAGGCAUUCCACACUGAGAUGGUUGUUCAGUUCACAUCACCAAAGUUCCUCAAGUGAGGCCCUGGAGAAGUGCAGCAACACCUGAAGGCGCUCUUUCCAGAGGCACAUGGAAACUGGGAGCCCAGAUCAAUGGGGACACAGAGACACUGGCACGCAGCCCUGGGGUGGGCGGGGCAGGCUGCAGACAGAUGGGGACAAGCUGUGCUCCUGGGAAGGGCUGCCUGGGGCUGACGGCCACUCUCUGACAGAAGCGCCCUGGACUCUCUCUUGGACAGCAAGAGGCUGCGCAACUACGUGAUCUGUGUCGACUGGCAGAACCCCAGCACCCGCACCGCUCUCAGACCUGCCUCUGCCCACCUGCCUGGCCCUGUGCAGCAUGCCGAGUGGGGGCCUCGAGCAUCCCCACAUGCUCACCCAGCGGCCUCUGCUGCUCCUGCUGUGGCUGCUGUUGCGGCUGGUAACCCACGCCCAAACAGCACCGGCUGCCCCUAUUGCCCUGACCAGUCUGGACACCUCCAGCACACUGAGUCUGGGGGAGCGUGCACGGGCCCUGAUGCGGGACUUCCCACUUGUGGAUGGCCACAACGACAUGCCCCUGGUCCUGAGGCAGUUUAACCGCAAGAGCCUACAGGAUGUUAAUCUGCGCAAUUUCAGCCACGGCCAGACCAGCUUGGAUAGGCUUAAAGACGGUCUUGUGGGUGCCCAGUUCUGGUCAGCCUACGUCCCAUGCCAGACCCAGGAACGGGAUGCUGUGCGCCUCACCCUAGAGCAGAUUGAUCUCAUCCACCGCAUGUGUGCCUCCUAUUCUGAGCUAGAGCUUGUGACCUCAGUUAAAGCUCUGAAUGGUACCCAGAAGUUGGCUUGCCUCAUUGGUGUGGAGGGUGGCCACUCACUGGACAGCAGCCUCUCCGUCUUGCGUACCUUCUAUGUGCUGGGUGUGCGCUACCUGACACUCACGCACACCUGCAACACACCCUGGGCAGAGAGCUCAGCUAAGGGCAUCCACCCCUUCUACAGCGAUGUCAGAGGGCUGACCAGCUUCGGUGAGAAGGUGGUGGCAGAAAUGAACCGUCUGGGCAUGAUGGUGGACUUGUCCCAUGUCUCAGACGCCGUGGCACGGCGAGCCCUAGAAGUGUCGCAGGCACCUGUGAUCUUCUCCCACUCGGCUGCCCGGGCUGUGUGCGAGAGCACCCGGAAUGUUCCUGAUGACAUCCUACAGCUUUUGAAGAACAACGGUGGCAUUGUGAUGGUGUCCUUAUCCGUGGGGGUGUUACAGUGCAACCCGCUAGCCAACGUGUCUACUGUGGCAGAUCACUUUGACCACAUCAGGGCCAUCAUUGGAUCCAAGUUCAUCGGAAUUGGAGGAGAUUAUGAUGGGGCUGGCCGGUUCCCACAGGGUCUGGAAGACGUGUCCACAUACCCAGUACUCAUAGAAGAGUUGCUGAGGCGUGGCUGGAGUGAGGAAGAGCUCUGGGGUGUCCUUCGAGGAAACCUGCUGCGGGUCUUCAGUCGGGUGGAGCAGGUUCGGGAGGAAAACAAGGGACAGAGUCCCUUGGAAGAUGAGUUCCCAGAUGAGCAGCUGGGGAGCUCCUGCCGCUCCGUCCUCUCGCAUCUGCAGCAGAGAGAGAAUCUGGCUCAAGACCAGAAACUAACCAGAACUCCAAGGCAUGGGAAUCCUGUUUUGUCAACUAUGCGGUCAUUCUCAAAAUCUUCCCCCAACACAGCCCCAGGCCUCAUAGUUAUUGCUGCCUUCCUGGUCCUCAUUCUUUGGCUCUGGUGAUCCAUUAAUCCUGCCAGAUGUCACUUUGGCAGAUGCAGACAUCCACAAAGUUUCCUCUCAUGCAAGCACAAACAUUUCCCAAAAAUAAAUGUUUCAAAAAUGGAA